GACGGACUCCGCGACCGCCUCUCCUCUUCCUAUCCCCACACGUCAGGCGUGCCGGUACCGUAGCACUUCUUCCUUCCUUCCCUCCCGUCCGAUCCGGCUAUAAAUUCCCCUCCCCCUCCCAUCUCCUCCCCACACAUCCGAUCCAAUCCAGUCCCCUCCCCGACCUCACCGGGAAACCUCCCAUCGAAGCGAAGCCAAGGCUCUCUCCUCCUCCUCCUCAAGAUGCAGAUCUUCGUGAAGACCCUUACCGGCAAGACCAUCACACUUGAGGUCGAGUCCUCUGACACCAUCGACAAUGUCAAGGCAAAGAUCCAGGACAAGGAGGGCAUUCCCCCGGACCAGCAGCGUCUCAUCUUUGCUGGCAAGCAGCUCGAGGAUGGCCGCACCCUUGCAGACUACAACAUCCAGAAGGAGUCCACCCUCCACUUGGUGCUUAGGCUCCGUGGUGGUAUGCAGAUUUUCGUCAAGACCCUGACCGGCAAGACCAUCACCCUGGAGGUUGAGUCCUCGGACACCAUCGACAACGUCAAGGCCAAGAUCCAGGACAAGGAGGGCAUUCCCCCGGACCAGCAGCGUCUUAUCUUCGCCGGCAAGCAGCUUGAGGAUGGCCGCACCCUUGCGGAUUACAACAUCCAGAAGGAAUCCACCCUCCACCUGGUACUCAGGCUUCGUGGUGGCAUGCAAAUCUUUGUCAAGACCCUCACUGGCAAGACCAUUACCCUGGAGGUUGAGUCCUCGGACACCAUUGACAAUGUGAAGGCCAAGAUCCAGGACAAGGAGGGCAUCCCCCCGGACCAGCAGCGCCUGAUCUUUGCCGGCAAGCAGCUCGAGGAUGGCCGCACCCUUGCGGAUUACAACAUCCAGAAGGAGUCCACCCUCCACUUGGUGCUCAGGCUCCGUGGUGGCAUGCAGAUAUUUGUGAAGACCCUCACGGGCAAGACCAUCACCCUGGAGGUGGAGUCAUCUGACACCAUUGACAACGUGAAGGCGAAGAUCCAGGACAAGGAGGGCAUCCCCCCGGACCAGCAGCGCCUGAUCUUUGCUGGUAAGCAGCUUGAGGAUGGCCGCACCCUGGCGGACUACAACAUCCAGAAGGAGUCCACCCUUCACUUGGUGCUCCGUCUCCGUGGUGGCCAGUAAAGCUCCUGGCCAUGGAGCUCUGCUUUGGUCUCUGGGUCCGCAAGUCUGGUCUUUGGUGUCCUUCAUUGAGUCUCGUUUGUGUCUGCGGUUGCCUGAUCCUGUCUUUGUUUCUGUACCGUACAUUGAUGCAGUGUUACCAUUUGUAUCUUCGAACUUCUGCUGGUGUGCAGCAGCUUUGGUGAACAAUGAAUAAGUGAGCCUGAAUUCAGUUUGUCUUUGCUGUUGUGUUA